GGCUGGGAUCGCCGCGCUAUCUCACCCUCGCAGACGUCUCCACCCCAGCGCGCAGCUCACGACUAAAACCGUGCGCAUCUCCGGGUAGCUACACACCAGCUAGCAGCCGGAGGUGUGCGCGUCUCCUCGGUUCGCUCCGUGCUGACCGCCCGCCCGCCCUGGUUGAUGUGUCUGACACUGAAGGACGAACAGUCUCCCGACAAAUGACAUUUUAAACCUAGCAGGGCAAACACAGUAACGGCUGGAUGAGUGGGCCAACCUUCCCCUCCCCCUCUGCGGAGGUGGCUGAGAUGAACCGCAUCCAUUAUGAGCUGGAGUAUACAGAGGGCAUCAGCCAGCGCAUGCGAAUCCCCGAGACCCUCAAGGUGGCCCCAGAGAACCAAACCGGGGCUCUGAAUCCCCUGCCCGCCCACACGACUCUGAUGCAGGUUCCUGAGAGGAUUGUUAUAGCAGGGGACAAUGAGGACCCUCGAUACUCUCGCCCCCGAGACUUGGACCUGAUCCAGUCCACCCCUCCUGUGGACCUGCUGAACAUGAAGGCCCCGCCACGCACCAUCACCCUCACAGAGCAGCCUCUGGACUCCCUGGAGACCGAACAGACCUCCCCUGCAGUGCACAACGCAAGCCAGGCGGCCCAUUUUCAUUCUCGGUCUCGAAGGGAUCGAAGUGCCAGUGAGAACAUGUCUGGCCGCCACAAUGGUCAAAUCAGCAGAGGUGAUGUAAGUGUAACCCCAUCCCCCUCUGCCCCCCCAGUCCGGAUUUGUCCUCCCCUCUGCUCCCCUGAAGAUGCCAACAUCAACCUGUUCACAGCCGCAGGCUUCCUGUCCUACAUCCAGUCGACUACACGCCGGGCCUACCAGCAGGUGCUUGAUAUCCUGGACGAAAACCACCGCAGGUUUGCUUUGCCCCUCAUCCCAAACUCACUUCAAAGUUAUGAUGUUAAAUUCAGGACCCAGAUGGACUUAGACAUGACACCUGACGAUUCUGGCUUAAUUGAUGCUUCCUCACUACGACGACAGAUUGUGAAGCUGAACCGCCGCCUGCAGCUGCUAGAGGAGGAAAACAAGGAGCGCUCCAAGCGAGAGGUGAUCCUCUAUUCUGCCACAGUGGCGUUCUGGCUCGUCAACACCUGGAUCUGGUUUCGUCGCUAAGAUGAGACAAGGCUGAGUUUCCCAAAACACCGGUAGCCAAAACAAUUACUCGUGUAACGUGAUAAAUCUUUUGCACAGCAGCGAUAUUGAAGUUACUUGCACUGAUGCUUGACAUCCAUCUUUUUCAUGAAAACAAACAAAAUUGUAAAUCACCAAAUUUCACUGUUUGAGCAGAGAAACAGAGGAACAGGCAGGUUUAAAAGGGGAACAAGGAUUUUCCUAGGCCACGCAUGUUUUGGGAACUCAGCCCGGAGCUGGAAUCAUCGUCACAGGACCAAACCUCAGACCUGUCUUGUCUAGUUUGAAGUUGUGGUUCAGUAGUUUUGUCAGAAACUGCCAUGUGUUCUUUAAGUUUCAAAACGACAUGACUAAAUCUAGCGAUGCCAUAACAUUUUCCCGAACGCCCUGUGAGUUUUAUGUGGCCCAAACCAUUCAAUCCUAAUGUACAGCAUUUCUGUACUCUUAAGUUUUAUUUUUCCUACUCUGAGGCAGUCAGUUGCCUCGUGAGAUAAUGUGAAAUCUAUACCCAAAAGUGGCUUCAGAAGCACUAAGGGUAAGAGCUGUUUGUUGAUUGAUAAUGUAUUUGUAUCUUGGUACAGUUUGAGCUUGGUUUUCUUCAAGAAUUUGACCAAGUUUUUCCACCGAUCUGAUAAUGAGUACCCAUAAGAAUAAAGGCAUGAACUUUAAGUGUUUUUAUUCCUCAUGCUGUGUGAUAGAAGUCUUUGCGCUACCGUUUGUAUGAUCAUGUGUAAUAGAUGCCUGUGUAUAAGAAAUAUUUGGUCUCAUUAUUUUUUUGAAUAAUACAAUUAAUGUGUAUAUCAUGGAGAUUUAUUUAUCACAAAUAGAAAUGGAGGUAUCAACAAAAUGGUCUCAUGGUCAUUGGUCGCUCUAUGUUUGUUAAGCGUUGCACUCACCACGUGAAGCUGGAGUCUCAAGGAAAACAUUUAAUAUACAGAUGCAUACAUUUAUUUGUACAUAUUUUACUGUAAUAAAUUGUGGAUGUUUAUCAGUG